ACCUUUUUGAAUUAAAUUAACGGAUUUUUUUCCUAAAGGUUCAUCUCAUCAUCUCUAAAUUUAGAAUUAAACCUGAAUUGUUAUUUGUUUUCCCUAAAUAUCAUUCAAUAUCGCCGGUUUAAUAUAAAUUUAACUAUGUCGUCAAAAAUUGAUCCGCGUGAAGUUUUAUUAUAUUUGAAUCAAUUGGGAUACAAAAAUAUUGAUGCUACUCAAUUACAAGCAUUUAUUAAAGAUUUGAAGAAAUUAAUGAAAUAUGAGGAACGUAAAUCUGACGAGUCUGAUACAAUUGAAGUGAAUAUUUUAAGAAGUUUGAAUUUGGAAAAUGAAGAGAACAUCAAUUCAGCUUCUGAGGUUAAUAAUAUUCAACUACCCCCGUCUCAGUCUUCAACUGCUGUAGAGUUGAAUGUUUCCAAGAUUCACACCUCAGCGAGACGUCCAAAUACCGAACCGUCUCAAUCUCUGAAAGAAAAAAAGAAAUCGAGUUCUUCGUUAGAAUCAGCAAGUAACACUAUUGUAACAAUGCCAGUUCGCUUCUUCAGAGGAAUUGGAUGUCCUGAAAGUCCAAGAUCAAAAUCUGUUGGUACAGCAUGCUCAUGUCCAAUAGAUUCAUAUUCUCAGGUACCCUCUUCUUGUAUGAAAGACAAGAACAAAAAAGGAAAAAAGCCAGUUUGUUCUACCCUGAAACACAGAAUAGAUACUAAUGAGACAGCUAGCUACCCUAAUAGUUUUGACGAGGGGACUUAUUAUUCUAGAUUUUGUCCUACAGGAAAAAAAGCUAAAAAAGCUGUUAUUUCUCGGAAUUAUACUCAUGAUUUUGUUCAUCCUUGCUAUUGCCCUGGUUCAAUGAAGCCUAGGAGUGCAGUUAUUAAAUGUAACAUUGGUUGUAAACCACCAUUCCCCAAAUGUGAUCCUGUGAAUCUACAUAGAUACUAUCAACGACAGUGGCAAAUAAAUAAAAUACCUGGAGAAAAUAUACCAAGAGAGCAAAGAUUUCGAUGGUGUUUUAGGGAAAAAAUCAGCUGUGGACCACCGGUCACGAGGUCCAGGACGAAGACAUGAAGGUUGACAACAGGAUGUAUUAUCUCAGCGAGAGUUUGUCGAAGAUUAAGUUGGAGGGUGCCUGCAUAAACGAUUUGUCGUCCGAUAAGUCCGUGGAGGCAACUUGGAUCAAGGAGGAUGGCAGCCAGUUUCUUCUGCAAGACGAACACGGGAAUACACAUCUCCAUCUCGCCAUAUAUUUCUGUUACUCCGAUAUGGCUGUAAACCUGAUAAGAGCAGCGACAAGCCCUGUAUAUUUAGAUUUAUUAGACCAAGAUGGACAAUCACCUAUCCAUCUGGCUGUUGCCACAAAUCAACCACAAAUAGUCAGGGCGCUGAUAGUGGCAGGUGCACAACCUGGCACAAGAAAUUCUAGGGGAGAAUCUCCUCUUCACAUGGCAGCUAGACUAGGACUUUACAACUGUUGUACAGCGAUAUUAGAGCCGGUUGGAAAAGAAGAAUUCAAAUCACUAUCUUUGACUUACAACGUGAAUCACAAGAGUGUGGACUUGGAACAAUGGAACUACGAAGGUCAGACUUGCUCUCACAUAGCAGCCGUUCACUGCCACAUAGACAUCCUUAGGCUGUUCAUGAGAUGUGGAGCUAACAUAAAUGCCAGAGAGGGCCGAGGUGGCUACACAAUCUUGCAUUUCGCCAUCCAGAACAAAAUGGAGAAACUAGCGUACUUUUUACUGAGUGAAUGUAGCAAUUUGGAGGCUGAUGUGACAACAUAUGCUGGCAAAUCAGUUCUACAGCUAGGUUUACCAAUCAACAAAGGAUUGAGUAGAACUCUGUUAUUGAGAGGGGCUGCUUCACCUUAUUCUAGCGAAGAUGAAGACAUGGAAGACUGCGAUAGUGAGAUUCUACCACAAAAUAGCCACCUUUAUGCACACAACACGCUACUGAAUGGUUAUGCAUAAUAUAUAUAGAAGAGGUUCCAAAUUUGAUAAUUCAUCAAAUUGAUGAAUCUACCUCAAAGAAGUGGAAAAAGAUUGCCAAAUAUCUUUUACUGUGAUUGAAGAAUUCUGCAAGAAACUCAAAGGACUCGGAAAUUCUUUGUGAAAUGGAAUGCUAUGAGGCAGAGGCGUAUUGAAGAAAAUUACUAUCCAUCAUUACUUCUGAGAAUGAAUAUUUUGAAAGAAAAUACAGAAAGCGCGAGGAAGAUGAAAUGGAAGUAUUUUUAAAGAACGAUAUUUGUAAAAUAGUCGACAACUUGAUAUGCUUUGUAGUUUUGAGUUCCUUGAUUUAUUUGUUCUUGCAUAAUUUAAUAGUUGAAUUACCAUGUUCCUGUAUUUAUUUUAUUAUUAGUUUUCUAUUCAUUAAAAUAUUUAAAAAAAAAAAAGAUAUGAAACGAAUUCAUGUUAAACUGCCCUCAACUGUAGCCAAAUGUUCACUUCCAUUUCAAACUCAAGCUGUGAUAAAAAAAGACUUUUCUAUUUUAUGAAUAAAAACAGUUCUUUUUUUUAGUCACCACAAUGUAAGGAAAGAUGUGUUCCUGAUUUUUUUUUCUGAGAAGUUCAAUGUUUUAAUGAACUGCUUAUGUAAUAUAUAUGUAUGAAACAAGCCAAAUUUUUUUAUAUUUGAAAGUUUAUUGUUACCAAAUAAAUUUUACAAAUUGUACAAACCUACUA